GUUGUUUUCAAAUUUAACAAACAAACAAAUUCUCAAUGUGCUUUAAAAAAAAUAAGCAAAACACAAACACGGAUUUCUUAGUGGGCGAGGGUAAAUGUUUAAAAAAAAAUUGAGAUGAUUGUUGGAUAGUGACGAUUUGUGACGCGUUUACGUGGAUUAUUCACUACAAGAACUGAGCAAAGUAACAAAACAUCACUCAGUAUGAUGCACUGAUGCAGUGUUGUUGUAUCAGUGCAAACUGCAAUGUAAAUGAAUACCUCGGUCAAAAGUAUUUGAGGUAUUUUGCGUCAGCUCUUGAGUUGGCUCGGAUUGGAUUGUGCAAGUGUACCUAAUGAAGUGUCCCGUGAUCUUGGUAUUCUGCAUCUUUAUGAUGGGGCGCCUCUUAGUGACGACACAGAGGUACUGCGCUCUGGGCGUACAGAGCUGCCGCCAUGACGACCGACGAAACCGCGCUUGGAUGACCGACUGACCAAAACAAUUGUGACUUUUUCCACUCGACAGGUUAUCAGCAACAAAUGGAGGGCUCGGUGCUGUUGCCAGUGGAGGCAGAGGCGUUCGUUGAAAGUUUGGAGAUAUUUGCCCUCAAAGACGUGGGCUCGACGAGGUGGUUCAGACAGCAUGAGCACAUUGAGAAGCUCAACAUGCAAGCAAUACUGAGUGCUUCUGCCACACUGGAUGAGUACAUCAAGGAGAUGCUGGUGUCUCAUGGAAAGAUCUCAGUUCUGGUGCAUGAAAUGAUCCUGACUGAAGUGUGGAAGCAAAAAAUAUUCCCCAUCUUAUGCCAACUACAGGACUUCACGCCAAAGAACACGUUUCCUCUUUACAUGGUGAUCCACCAUGAAGCCACCAUCAUCAACUUGCUGGAAACUGUCAUGUUUCACAAGGACUCGUGCGAUGCCAGCGACGACUCUAUCCUCGACUUGGUGGAUUACUGCCAUCGGAAGCUGACCCUGCUGGCCGCCAACGCCGGCAGGGACGGCAACGUGUCUCACAACAUGCAAAAGGCAGCCGGCGAGGCGGUUCUGUCCUCUAAAGAGGAGUUACAGAUUCAAGCUGGGGAGCUGGAGUUCAACAUUUCCUUGAAGGCUUUGUCUGUGCUGCGCUACAUCACUGACCACACUGACAGUAUCAGUGCCAUUAACCGAAUGCUCUGCACACAUAACGUGCCUUGUUUACUGGUGCGCCUGAUUGAGUGCUGCCCGUGGAGUCGCUGCACAGCAGGCAGCAUAGAGAAGCACAUCAACGGCAAAUGGCAGAAGAUUCCAGCGGAAGACCGCCUGAAGAUGACAAAACUGGACGGACAGGUCUGGAUUUCGCUGCACAAUCUGCUCCUCAAAGAAGACUGCCAACGAAAAUAUGACUUCAACAGUUUCAAUAAGAGUCAGCUUCUUAAGCUGCGCAGUUUCCUGACUGAGGUGUUGAUCGACCAGCUUCCCAACUUGGCUGACCUCCAGCGCGUCCUGGCUCAUCUCGCAGUUACAGACCCCGAACCUCCGAAGAAGGAACUUGUUUUAGAGCAGAUCCCUGAAAUGUGGAACCACAUCAUGAGGGAGAAUACCGAUAAGUGGAAGGCCAUUGCCAAGUAUCAAGUCAAAGAAACGUUUAACGCCUCGGAAAAAGACCUGAGGCUGCAGGCACAGAGGUUGGCUCAGACGUACAAUUUGGAUAUGUUGGAGAAUUUGCUCCCCGAGAAACCAAAGUGUGGCUGUUGCGGGAGAGAGGCUGCGAAGAGAUGCUCUCGAUGCCAAGGGGAGUGGUACUGUCACAGAGAAUGUCAGGUGAAACACUGGCCAAAACACAAGAAAGCCUGCCAGCUCAUGAUGGAGGCCAACAGGAAGAUCCAGGCUGACCUGUGCAAUAACAACAAGGAGAGAUGAACAGCAUGAACUGACAGGAGAGUUUCAUUUAAAUUUUCAUGUAAUUUCAACAACUCCCCAUUUGGUUUAAUAAACUGCUUCUUCUUCGUCCUGGAAGAAAUUUGCAAGUUCA